AUGUUUGGAAAUUCCAGACCUUUCUCAUAUUCCCCGAGGGGUUUCUCACAGGAGGACCUCCCUCAGCAGAGGCGAGCUUUCCAACAAGACGACCUGAUAGGAUCUCCACUGCAGAGAAACAACAUUUCCAGACCCAGUGGGAAAUCAAUAUACAUGCAGAGAAAGGACUACUCUGAUUCGCUGAACAAACAUCCAGACAACUUUCACGUCAGAGUGGAGCACCUGUUUACCUGUGAGCUGGACGGCCAGGAGGUGAAAAAGAUGGACGACUGCUUGGCCAAGCUCAAGAUGCUGGAUGCCAAAGGUCGCUUGUGGCCUCAGGAUAUGAUGUUGGAGGUUCAGGGUGGAAAUCUACUGCUCAGUGACAUUGAGACCAAGGCAGAGCUGGAGUCGCUGCCUUUCAGCUCUAUCCUGCAAAUCAAAGCUGUGCUGGAUAGCUGUGCCUACAACUCUCUGCUGACAGUAACAGUGCAGCAACGCAACAAACGCAUCUCCCAGGUCUUCAUGUUCCAGUGUGAGGAGACCGGGGCGGAGCUCGUCAAGAGUGAUCUGGAUAAGGCAAUGCAAAGAGGAGGUGAUGUUGUGGAGCCACGCAGGGAGCAGCAUGACAUCAGGAGUAAUUUUGAGAAUAACAUCGGCCAACAUGCUCCAGGACGGCGGGCUAUGCUUCGUCCUGAGCAGCGAGAUAGGCCCGCAUCACCGGACCAUCCGCCCCCACAGUGGAGGGACAGAGAACCGGAAGAUAUGCCGCCUUCACGGGUCUACACCCCACAAGAAGCAACGUUGCAACUUCCUGAUCUUCAUGAAUUACAGAUUAGCAUGGAGGUCGCUGAGGGAAUGGACACAGAGAGGAACACAGACAUUUUAAACCAUGUUAUAAAUGAUAUGGAGAUCUUCAUGAACAAAGUGUUUGCUGCAGCAAAUUCACCUUCUUUACUGCAAGAGGACAAGAGCAAGAAGAAAAAAAGUGGAUUUUUAAAGAAGAAAUCUAAGAAAAAUGCACCAGCUGUCGGUCUGCCACCCUGGGAGGAAUACGUCUCCUGUCUUCAGAAAAUCAAAUAUGGAAUCAAUCUGCUGGGCCAGCUGGACCAGACUCUGACCGGCCCCACAGCUCCUGACUUUGUCCACAUCUUCUUCACUACUUUAGGCUCGAUCAUACCUCAGUAUCCUGCAGACCUGCCUCCCACUGUGCUCUCUCCCCUGCUGACAGAAGCGGCCCUGCGGCUGCUCGGUCUGGUCGUCGGCCCGGAGGAGGACCAGCUGUGGAGGUCUCUGGGAGACUGCUGGAACUUCCCCAGCUCUAGCUGGCCGGACGAAGAUGUCCCACUUUACAUCCCAGAGUUCUACGAUGGCUGGCAGUCGCCUGCCCCGUUGCACAUGCCUUCCCCACUCCCUUAUCGGAAUGAUCCAAUAAGCCGGAGCAACAGCCAACGCUUCCCCCCCGAAGUCCCCCGUGAGCCACCUCUGUACAUGCGGGUCAUUUACGACUUCAGUGGCAGGAACAACCAAGAGCUGAACGUUAUGAAGGGUGAUGUUGUUCAGGUUGUUAAGAAAGCGAAGCAGUGGUGGCUUGUUCGUAACGGCCGGGACGAGGAAGGCAACGUUCCUCCGAAUGUUCUGGAGCUGAUGCAGAGCAGCGAGCCUGGGGAAGAUCUACCGUGGGACACUCGCGGCCCUGUGUCUCUAGACAUGACCUCCACACCUGCAGAGGUAAAAGGCUGGCUGGAUUACAAAGGUUUCUCCAAAAUCACUGUGAACAGCCUCGGGGUGCUGACUGGUAGACAGCUUCUGGGGAUGCCCAAGGAUGAGAUUAGGACUGUGUGUCCAGAAGAAGGAGGCAAGGUCUUCUUCCAGCUCCAGGCCGUUAAAUCAGCCAUUGCACUCGCCAGUGAACCAUCAAGCGUGUACAACGGCCGCUACUAGCUUCACUUGGGUGUUGUCUCCUGAACUUCCCUCCAGAUUAACAACUGGAGUUAUGAUGUCUAAUUCAUCUUUCUUACUUUCUGCAUUUCCAUUAUGUAAAGGGAAAGUACUUUUACUGAGUGAAGCUAUAUCUUGUAAAUGUUACCAGAAUCUAUGAGUUAUUUAAAUGAAUUUAUUCUUAUAAUGUACUUCUAGUUAUUUCAAGUAAAUUGUGUAUAGUUUUCCUAACUUUGAUUAACCCCAAAAGGUAUGUAGACAGUUUGUUCAAUCCAACACCAUGUCUCUUAAUAACUAGUUAACCAAUAGGAUGCAUCGAGUUAUACCCUAGAUU